UUUCCAGCGCACCGCCUCCUCUCCUUCCUGGGCCCGAGGACUCCCCGGGGAGGCGGCGCAGGAUCCGGGAACGCACGCUUGGGAGGAAAGGGGCCGCGAUGGACCGAUCCUCCAGGAAAAAGAGGAGUGAGCACAGGAAGCGAAUCCUUUGGGCAGAGCCUUCUCUAUCUCCGCCCUAGCAUCGCCCAAAAGAGAGGCCUGGACUAGGUCCGAGGAAGGCUGGCGAUUUGACUCUGGGAAGAACUUCCGCUCAGCGAGUCAGCAGCGCGGUCUUAGCCCGAGGCUCCGGGGAGGCCAGGUCCCUUCAUCCCCGAGGGCCGGGACAGGGAGGGCGCGUUCUGCCCCGAGGCCUGGCGUGCCCUGCCUGGCUCAGGCUGGAAAGAAAGAAAGCGCGGAGUCAGCCUGGGCUGCGGCGGGCGCGGGGUGCGCGCCUCAGCACUUUCUGUUGUCUUCCCCGCGGGCUGGGGCCACAGCGGCGGCUGCGGGAGAGGCCUCGGCUCCCCAGCGGAGACCAGAGCGGAUCGCAGCCUGCCUGCUGACUCAGCGACCCCACCCCCGACGGAAAGGGUGCGGGCAGGGGGACAAGGCCCGGGUAUAAAGCUCGGCCCGCCCGGCCGCGCGCAGCCUCGCAGCCCGUCCAUUUCCUUCGCGUGCCGUUCUCACCCACCCGCCGCAUGAGCAGCGCCCCCGCGCCGGGCCUGGCGCCCGCCAGCCUCACGCUCUGGGACGAGGAGGACUUCCAGGGCCGUCGCUGUCGGCUGCUGAGCGACUGUGCGAACGUCUGCGAGCGCGGAGGCCUGCCCAGGGUGCGCUCGGUCAAGGUGGAAAACGGCGUUUGGGUGGCCUUUGAGUACCCCGACUUCCAGGGACAGCAGUUCAUUCUGGAGAAGGGAGACUAUCCUCGCUGGAGCGCCUGGAGUGGCAGCAGCAGCCACAACAGCAACCAGCUGCUGUCCUUCCGGCCAGUGCUCUGCGCGAACCACAAUGACAGCCGUGUGACACUGUUUGAGGGGGACAACUUCCAAGGCUGCAAGUUUGACCUCGUUGAUGACUACCCAUCCCUGCCCUCCAUGGGCUGGGCCAGCAAGGAUGUGGGUUCCCUCAAAGUCAGCUCCGGAGCGUGGGUGGCCUACCAGUACCCAGGCUACCGAGGCUACCAGUAUGUGUUGGAGCGGGACCGGCACAGCGGAGAGUUCCAUACCUACAGUGAGUUCAGCACACAGGCCCACACUGGGCAGCUGCAGUCCAUCCGGAGAGUCCAGCACUAGGCUCCAUGGCCCCAGACACCUUCCCUGAGGACACUCAAUAAAGGUUCCUGAAUAUUCCUGCC